UAAUUAUUAUUUAGUUUUGGCUUUUGCACUGUGAAUUCUUUGAUUCCAGGGAGCAAUAAUGUUGCACACUCUAGGGAAAAAAAACAAACCAUCCUGGGUAGUUAAUAUGCUAUACAUCCACACAGUUGUGCUUUUCAUUCUGCAUCUCAAUUAUUACAGUUUAUAUCUCUUGCAGAUUUGGGGAGUUGAGGUAUUCUGGGUGUUAUGAUAAAGGAAGCUGUGGAUCAAAUAAUUCAACAGAUUUUGUUAAGAGCUGUACAUCGGAGCAAAGAGUAGAGCCAAAAGCUUAAUUAAUCUCAUUAAUAAUACUUUUACAAGUGGAUUUUUACUGAAGAGGAAACAGACAGAAGGAGGAGAGGUAAUACGGAACAGCAGAUCAGUAGCAGAUCUGGUGACACUCAGGUGUUCUGCAGUGAAUUUUCACAGGAAUGGAAAGUCAGAGCAGCUGUAAUUCUCGGGGAGAAAGCAAUUGAAUGAGGAAGAGGAGGAUUUCUGCUCCAACGGUUGCAAGAUGGUCUCCUUUGUCUGCUUUUAACAAUAGGAACCUAUCAAGAAACCUUUUUGUCUUGGAAUUCAAUGCUGAUGAACUUCAGGUUGUUUACAGGGCUUUUCCUUAGGGGUGCAGAGGGGCUUUGGCAGGAGCUGGGAGGGGGGGUGGAGUGGAAAUCUGAGUCGUGUGAAGCAGCAGGACUGCUGGCUUUUCAACUCAUCAGGAAGGGCGAUUCUGCAAAAUCUGUUUUUCAAUGUGUGAGUGAUAAUAAUAAUAGAGGUAGAAUUAGAAACUUCUGCAGCCUGAAUCUGUCUGUGUAUGUUUCUGCCUCUGUUUGCUUGGCAUUAAUACUGUGCUGUGAAUAAGGAAACAAUCUUACAAAGUUACUACAAGUCAGCUGUACCGUGAACUUCUGAGUCCAAGGAUGGUCAUUCUGUUUAUGAGCAAUGAGGAAUGAUGAUGCUAUGAUUAAGGCCAAUGACUUGAGGGGACCAGAAGAGAACCUUCCAGCUUUGACUGUCACAACGAUCUUGGAAGAUCCUUAUGUCAUGGUGAGAAGUGCAGAACUGGAGGGAUACUGCAUUGAUUUGCUGAAAGCACUUGCUUCAAUGCUUCACUUCAGCUAUAAGGUGAAGGUGGUGGGAGAUGGGAAGUAUGGAGCCAUCUCUUCCAAUGGGAACUGGACAGGAAUGAUUGGAGAGAUUCUGAGACAGGAAGCAGACAUAGCAGUGGCUCCCUUGACAGUCACAUCAGCAAGGGAAGAGGUAAUCUCCUUCACUACGCCAUUCCUGCAGACUGGGAUUGGAAUCUUGCUUCGAAAGGACACCAUCUCUCAGGAGAUGUCUUUCUUCCACUUCCUGGCUCCUUUCAGUAAGGAGACCUGGACUGGCCUCCUAUUUGCUUAUGUGCUGACGUGUGUCUGCCUCUUCCUUGUUGCCAGGCUGAGCCCUUAUGAAUGGAAUGAACCAAAGAAUGAAGAGAAUCACUUCACCUUUUUAAACAGCCUCUGGUUUGGAGCAGGAGCGCUCACAUUGCAAGGUGUCACCCCUCGGCCCAAGGCGUUCUCUGUGCGGGUCAUCGCUGCCAUCUGGUGGCUCUUCACCAUAGCUUUGCUGGCUGCUUACAUCGCCAACUUCACCGCGCUGUUGAGCUCUGGCAGCGAGCAGCUCCCGAUCCAGACUUUUGAAGAUCUUGUGAAGCAAAGGAAGCUUGAGUUUGGGACACUGGAUGGCUCCUCCACUUUCUACUUCUUUAAGAACUCCAAGAAUCCCAUCCAUCAGAUGAUCUAUGAAUAUAUGGACAAGAGACGAGACCACGUUUUAGUCAAAACCUACCAGGAAGCAGUUCAACGUGUGAUGGAAUCCAAUUAUGCCUUCAUUGGUGAAUCCAUCUCUCAAGACCUUGCAGCCGCCAGGCACUGCAAUUUGAUCAGAGCCCCUGAAGUUAUUGGAGCCAGAGGAUUUGGCAUUGCCACUGCCCAGGCAUCCCCGUGGACUAAGAAGCUGUCAGUUGCUGUCCUCAAACUGCGCGAAUCGGGUGAUCUUGACUAUUUGCGUAACAAAUGGUGGGAGUCCAGCUGCCUUCACCAGAGCAGAGACAGAUGGAGCCCCCUGCAGCCCCAGGCUCUGGGUGGGCUCUUUCUUACUCUUGCCAUUGGCCUUGCAUUAGGAGUGAUUGCAGCUAUGGUGGAGCUGUCAAAUAAGAGCAGACAUGCUGCUGGACAUGUCAAGAAAUCUUGUUGCUCCAUUUUCACAGAAGAAAUGUGCACUCGUCUACGUAUUAAAGAAAAUACAAGACAAACCCAGGAGACUUCAGGGAGGGCCAAUGCUUAACAAAAAUUCUUAAGGAAUGGGCAUAUAUUGUGGUUCUACCAUCUAUAUGUCAUAGGAGCUACAUCACUGUAGGAAGAUAUUUUUCUGCAAGAGUAGAGUGUUAGUUUCCUAAUUACAAACACAGUACUUCUGGAUUGAUGGUGGAGCUGGUUAUAGAACAAAACCAAGCAGCUUGGAAGAAUUUGAAUUGAUAAGAGGGAGAGUGCAACUGCUAAAAUUAAGGGAGGUUAAGAUGGGUGAUCACAUCUAUAUUUAAUUUAGAAGUUUACCACGUAAGUGCAGAAAUGCCUGCAGGGGGAUAGGUUAAUAUGAAGCCUCUGCAUACUAAUUAUAGAAUGAGGUGCAAUCUUGAAAAUUAAAGCUUUUAUCUGACUCUUCUAAUCAAGAAUAACUGCUCCUUAAGAUUUUAAUUUUAAAUAGAAUGUAUUUUUGCCUCCUUCUAGGCAAAUGAUAGUGAUCACUGUGAAAGUCAUUUCUGAAUCAGAAAGGACAUUACUGAUGCAUCCAUCCCAAUAAUGCAGGAUUUAACUGUAUUCUACACAAAGGCCUAAAAUCUGAGAAAGGGAAGCCUUACAGUUAAGGAACUAGAUUUAAGAAAGGUCUGUUUUCCAUCAGAAGAUAUGUUUCCUUGUUUAGCUACAGAGGACAGUUUGUCUAGUUAACUUGACUAGGAACUAUUUAGGAAUAAGAUUCAUACUUUAAAUCCAAGAGCAGUAGAACAUGAACACUGGCAAACAAAAUCAAUUAAAGUACAAAUUCAGUAGGCAAGGAUGAGUAACGGGCAUUUUUUGUUAUUUUCUUGCUGUCAGAGAAGAAUCUUUGAAGUUCAUGGGGAAUGGUUACUUUGGUUACAUAUUAAAUAGUUUUCUAAUUAAGUUGUUUUUCAUUUCAGAGGUGGAAUGGCUGAUGCACGCACAGGCUGUUUUGCAAAUUCAGGGUUAAAUAACUGCAUUUACGUACUGCGCAGCUGAUGGAGCAGGGCACAAAUUCAGUUCCUUAGAAGUGGUUUUAACUGCACUGCAUCAACAGAGAGACUAAUUCCUCUCUGUUCCAGCAUUAAAUAACUGAAGGAAACAGAAAUUAACAUGUCUGUGACAGGGAUACAGCUGGUUGUUCCUGAAUAAAGUGUUCAGAUUCACUGAAUGCAAUGCAGACUUAAACUUCUGAUUACUGCUAAGUAAUUUAGUAUGGAUGCAGCCUGCCUCUCCCCCCCCUCAGCUUGUUAAUAACAGUGGAAGCAGUAGGAGUUAAGAGUUCUUUAACUGGUGGUAGUGCUGUUCAGUUAUCUACUGUGUGCUCUCACAUUGUGACAGUUCUGUUUUAAAUGCAGCUGACAUAAAGUUCGUUAGAGUAGGAGGUGGAUCAGUCCUCGACCAAAUUAACUGCAAAGAGCAUGAGACUGUUUAGGUAAGUUUAAAAGCUGACAUGGAAAAAUACAAUGUCAGGUUGACUUAGCACUUUAAAAACUAUUUGGUAUGUGCCAUGUCAGUGCUGGCAGAGUAGGCAGAGAUGUAUAAAAAAAGGUUUCAUUGACAUUUAAAUAUAUUUCUAUAUGAAUGUCUCACAGAACAAAAAAAUAAAGUCUUUUCAUCACAAAUACUGAAUCAUUAAAAUAAACACUUACCAAAAUAAACAAUGAGUGAUAUACAUAUA